AAAAAAAAAAAAAAAAAAAAACGUCAACUCAACAGCUGGACGUUGGGCGGUGGUUGCUAUUAUAAAGGAUUUAUAUAGCUAGAAGGGAAGGGGGAAAAGGAAAGGAAAGAAAAGAGUUAAUUCAUACCGAGUUAUUCCAAGGCUUGUCCAGCUCAACUUUCAAGAUGUCGAAUACUACGGAUGCGCCGCGCCAUGUGUCGUUCAGAUCCUGCACUGAAGUUACCCCUUACUGCCCGGUCCAGGCUACGGUUCUGGGAUACUAUCCCAACCUCGGCGUCAAUGCCUUUCUCGCCGCUGCGUUUGGCCUGUGCAUCAUAGGCCUCGUCGUCACUGGUAUUUGGAAGAGGACUUGGGGUUAUUCCGCUGCCCUCACCGCGGGAUGUGUUCUGGAGUUCGCAGGCUACAUCGCGCGCGUCCUCCUCCACAACAACCCCUGGGACUCCAGCGCCUUCCAGACGCAAAUCUGCGCCAUCAUCCUCGCGCCAACCCUAAUCUGCAUCUCCAUCUACCUCACCCUCAAGCACGCCACCCUCUCCAUCAACCCCGCGCUCUCGCGCCUGCGCCCCCGGCUCUACCCGCUCAUCUUCGUCCCCGCCGACGUCUCCUGCCUGAUCCUGCAGGCCAUCGGCGGCAGCCUCGCCGCCUCCGCCGGCUACGACAACCCGCAGCUGCUGCUCUCCGGCGACCGCGUCAUCAUCGCCGGCAUCGCCCUGCAGUCCGCCGUGCUGGCCGGCUUCGGCGCCCUGUGCCUCGAUUACUACCUCCGCACCAGGAAGUGGGUGGCGGGCGGCCAGGCCACGCCCCAGGCCCUGGCUAUGUGGAAUGAUAGCAGGUUUCGCAUGUUCUGCUAUGCGGUGGCGGGCGCGUACGCGGGGAUUCUGAUACGGUGUAUCUACCGGAUCGCCGAGAUGGCGGGAGGAUGGGGAAACAAGAUCAUGCAGGAUGAGCCGUCGUUUAUUGUGCUUGAGGGAUUCUGCAUCCUCAUCCCCGUCGUCCUCCUAACCGCCUUCCCGCCAGGCUUCCUGUUCCCGGCAAUGGCCGAGCGGGAAGCCCAGCGCUUCAAGAGGAAGAACAAGGGGGAGAAGGUAGCUAGCGAGGAGCCCAUCGCGUCGGGCGACGAGGGACACCAGACGGAGCAGAAGACUCUUGGCGUAUAAGAUGUCAAUGUUUUCUUCGUUUUUAUAAUAUAUUGCUGUUCUCGUUUUAGUUGGGAAUUAGACGUACGACUAGCUGCCUUUUUUGUUUCGCCCGCCUGGUUCGUUUGCUUUUUUGCAUAUAUAUAGCAUGUGCGAUGAUAUAGACACUCCUACCUACCUAUUUACCUAGAUAUCCGCGGUUUUGCAUACCCCCUUAAUAUUCCUUACACAUAUUUUUUAUCCAUUAGCUACGCAAAGUACCACUUUCCAUUACGAAUGAGACAGCAAGUCCCCGAGUCGAAAAGUGCUAGGAAACUUAUGCACAUUGAUUCUUUGCAUAGUAAUCGGAUAUGUGGGAGAUCUUUCCAUUGUUCUUUCUAGGUAGGUAGACAACUAAAAAGAGAUCUAGCAACGCCUGGUUCUAUGUAGCCAGUCCUAAUGCCCUUGGUGUCUAUGCAUUUCUAUUUGUAUAGCUCCAUUCAAUAUGCAAAGAAGUAACAAGUUCGAUGUUACCUAUUAAGGAACCCU